UUACAAAACAACCUGAUUUCCGUUCUUUCCCUCCUUUUCUAGUUCUUAACACUACCAUGUUUCGAUCACCAAGUUCCAAUUCUUUGCCCCAUUCCAGCGCCACCCAGACGCGUUUCUUACAGAACAGAAUUCAAAUGAUUGAAAAACACUUUGGUGAGAUCUGUACAACCCUUGCGGUUUAUACUAGGAAAAUUGCUGGUCUAAGAGACAAAGGCGAUUGUCUGGCGCAGACGUUAAACGAGUACGUUGCAGCCGAAAAUGUCAACAAAAACUGCAGUCAGGGUAUUAAGGAUUUCGCCGAAAACAUUUCUUUCAUAUCAGACCACAGAGACACUUGCGUUAAUCGUAUGGAAGAAACUAUCAUUCAAGAAAUUUCGGAAUAUGCGGGAAUCUGUAAGUCAGCCAUGGACGACAUACGAAACUGUAGCGUCGCCUACGAAAAAGAAAUAAAUCACCUUAAAUAUGUUCACAAGCUACGGCAGCAGAACCCGUUAGGUCGUAUGCAAAUCAGCAAAGCAGAGAGUGAUUUAGCACAAGCCACUACUAAAUCCGUCCGCCUAGGAAAAUCUAUAGAAGAGAGAAUCGAUAAAUUGGAAAGGAAGAAAUUAAAAGAUCUUAUUGGCUGGAUGAAAAAGUUGGCUUUAAUUGAAAUGAGUUUACACUCUUCGUCGCUAUCGAUUUUAACAAAGGCAUACCAACAGCUAGAAAAUGUUGAUAUCGAAUCAGAUCUAGAAGAGUUCCGGAACACUUUACGACUCAAUUUGCCGCUCCCAGAAUCUAGCCCGACAAGAACCCAAUCAGUUCCAUCAAUCGCUUUGCCAAAAACGCCAACUGAUAUCCCGUCUAAAGUGAAAAGAUCAAAAUCUUUCUCGGAUUACAGACAACGAGCUGAGUCUCUAGAUUCACUUAAAGUAGAAGAGUACGAAGAGCUAAAACAAACUGACCGUUCAGACGACGACGAAGAAUCUGAUAAAGAACCAUCCCCAUCGCGGAUGUCGCACGUGCGACGCAAAUAGGUAGUUCCAUGC